GCAGUUAACUUAAGUUAAUUACAUUUCUAGGGAUUCCUCAGUAAUGCAAAUGAUGAUGUCCUUAACACUGUGCUGUAUUAAUAUUAUUCAGGCAUUGACUGUAAUGUCAAUCCCCUUGCCUGACUCCGGACCGCAUUUGGGAAAUGACUGGACACAGCCUAUCAGGCUAAAGCAUCUAUAUGCUGCCAGAGAUGGACUUCAUCUUCAAAUUAGAAGGGAUGGAAGAGUGGAUGGAUCCCCUCAACAAAGUGCUCUCAGCUUGAUGGAAAUACGUCCAGUUGAUAACGGCUGCGUGGCCAUCAAAGGAAUAGCAAGUUCUAAGUUCUUGUGCUUGGAGAGAGAAGGAAAAUUGUACGGAUCUUACAGUUAUGUGAGAGAUGACUGCACUUUUGUUGAGCAGAUUCUUCCAGAUGGAUACAACAUCUACAUUUCCAGCAAGCAUGGCACCCUGUUAAGCCUGGGUGUGAGGACCAGCAGCCAGGUCCAUGGUCAUGAAAAGGGUCUCAACACUCAUGCUCAGUUCUUGCCCAUGAGCAAUAAUUUGAAACAUACACAAAUCUACCACCGUGACUCAGUCCCUCUCUCUGAGCACCAUCAGGACACCCCAUUACACCUGCAAAUAGACAGCAUGGACCCUUUUGGAAAGGUUUCUCAGAUCUACAUACAAAGCCCCAGUUUCAACAAAAGAUGACCACUCCUUCAAAGAAUGUUCGAGCAUUCCAAAUAAGGACAAUGGAAGCCAAUAAGUGCUCUGAUUCAGAUAAAAACAGGUCUGGACCAAAGUAGCGCUCUAGAAUCUUUGGUCUGGACUGAGAACAUUCCAGUUGGGCAUUUGAAUAUUGCAGACUGGGACACAACUCCAAGUGAAUGACUCCAGUGUGUUGAUAUUAGCUUGGAUUUUAAGACAGAGAUCUUUUCACAGGGUUUUUACUGUAUUUUGUUGUUAUUUUUCUCCUAAUAAGCUUCAUAGAGUAAAUUCCCAUUAUUUCCGCAUGUAAUGAGCAGUUAGUCAACUGUUUGUUGUCUGAUUAUUUGUUCUUAUACAUUUUGUAAGCCUGAAAAUUUGUGAGCAUUCUUGGUCUGAGACCAUCCAUUGAUUGAGAUGUAGGCCUUGUGCAUGUUUGAUGGAUGUUAUGUUAAGAUGUAUUAUUUUCAAAAAUACAUGGUCACAUGGUUCAUAUUUGUGAAACACUUCAACAUUUUACAUAUUUAAAGGUUCAGUCUGCAAUUCCAAUCUAAUAGGCCUAUGUUUUUUGUCAGAUUGUUCCUAAUAUCCUCUAUAGUACGUUCUGUGAAUGUCUGCUAA